AUGAUUUUUACAAAGAGGUCGCAAAUAUCUCUAAAGCUUUGGAAAACUACAGAGACUCACCAGCAAAGUACUUUUUUAAUUUUCGAAGAUGGCAGUAGCAAGCAAAAACAAAUCAUUCUCAAAGCCGCGAAGGAUGAGGAGAUCCAAGUCCUGGGAUUUGGCAGAGGUGGUUUUUGUUACGGCUUUAGCACACCCGUCACUAAUUUACCUAAAAUAGAUGACAGAGAAUGCCUGGGCUUUACGCUGAAAUUCUAUUUAUCAAAAUUCCUCAAGAAGGGUGACGAAGAGAUAAAACUUAGUCUGCAUGGAUCCUUUAUCAUAGCAUUGGAGACAUGCUCUAGGGUGGGAGACAUACUGAGAAGCCUUAGACUACCAUCUGGUGACGCAGUGGUCACAUUUGCAGAGGAGGAUGCUUGGAAAGACUUAAAGGGAAGAGGUAAGAUAAUGGUUCAACAUCAAGGAAACAAGCUAGCGGUUCCAUCAGGACUGUUUUGGAAGGUGGAGAGAUCAAAUAUGUGCGAUACAAGAUGCAAGUGAUGGUACCUGCAGGGGUGGCGCUCGAGGAGAUAA